AUGGCCAGCAAGGAGAAAGAUCCCCAAGCCAUUGAGGCGGCGAAGAAGCUUGAGAAUACGCCGUGGUGUGAUGACUAUGAAAAGAUGAUAUCUGGGGUUUUGUACAACUGCCUGGCUCCAGAAUUGGUACAGGGCCGGUUCAAAGCUCGUCGCUUCAUGCACAAGUAUAACAAUCACUUUCCGGAUGACGCAACGCCAGAGUCUCUAGAGGCGUUCAGAUACGACCUGCUCAAGAGCACUUUGGGCGGCGUCGGCAAAGGAGCUUACAUCGAGCCGCCUAUUAAUAUCGACUACGGCUGCAAUAUUGUGCUAGGCGAUAAUUUCUACUCCAACUUUAACUUGGUGAUCCUGGACUGUGGUCUUGUCACAAUUGGCAACAGAGUCCUGUUUGGCCCGUUUGUUUCCAUCUUUGCAGCAACACACGAGACCGAGGUCCAGUCGCGCAGAGAUGGUAUCGAGUAUGCAAAGCCCGUAUCCAUAGGCGACGAUUGCUGGAUCGGCGGCAAUGUCACCAUUAUGCCUGGUGUUACGAUUGGCAAGGGAUGUACUAUUGGUGCAGGGUCGGUCGUGACUAAAGAUAUACCAGACUUUUCCGUCGCCAUGGGAUCACCGGCUCGUGUUGUCAAGAAGGUGACCCCGGUGCCUGAUAUGUGA